CUUAGUCUGUCGCUAAGCGAAUCCACUUAUCAUCAUCUGAGAGUAACUCACGAUUUCUGUCCGAAGCUUCUUCUUGUCUUCUUCUUCUUGGCCCGCUUUUUUCUGCGCCUCUUUUCACCUGAGUCCCGAGAAAAUCAAGCGUUUUCUCUUCUCCGUCUUCCAUGUCCAGAAUUUGAGAUUGGUUUUGUGAUAUCUAUAGAAUUUCUUUAAUGGGUCGUUUCAACUUCAGAAUUUCCCGUUGAUAUUCAUCGAUUUCUGGAGCGUGGAAACCCCAUUUCUCUUGAUGGGUGCAGCUUCUGCCAGUUACCCAUUUGGAUUCUCAGCUCGAUUCGACGGGAACUUCAAUCUGAAAUCGGAUAUAGCGGUUUCCAAGUUCCCGUGUACGAUAGAAGUCUCCAGAAACAGUUUGUUUCAAGCUCCAAAUUCAACUUCCAAGGGAUUGGUGAACAGAGUUCGGGCAUGUUCUUUUCCAAAGACUGAUGAUUAUUGCGAGGAGAAAGUUCAGACACCAUUGCUAGACAGUAUCGAGAACCCGUCCCAUUUGAAGAACUUGAGUGUUCAGGAGUUGAAGCAAUUAGCCGAUGAAAUUCGGAAAGAGCUGCUUUCCGUUCUUUCGAAGACCCAGAAGUCAUUCAAGCCCGGCUUGGCUGCCGUAGAACUCACCAUUGCUCUGCAUUACGUUUUUCAUGCUCCCUUCGACAAGAUAUUGUGGGAUUCUGCUGAACAAACAUAUGCACACAAAAUCUUGACCGGAAGGCGGUCUCUGAUGCCUAUGCUGCGACGAAAGGAUGGAAUCUCGGGGGUCACUUCCCGUUCAGAGAGUGAAUAUGAUUCUUUUGGAACUGGGCAUGGCUGCAACAGUAUUUCUGCUGGCCUCGGAUUGGCUGUUGCCCGGGAUGUCAAAGGAAAGAAAGAACACGUUGUUGCUGUGAUAGACAGUGUGACAAUAACCGCGGGUCAAGCUUUUGAGGCGAUGAGCAAUGCAGGUUACUUGGAUUCUAAUAUGAUAGUUAUAUUAAACGAUAGUCGCCGAUCUUUUAAUCCGAAUAUGGAGGAGGGAUCCAAAGCAUCUAUCAAUGCCUUAUCUAGUGCCAUGAGCAAAAUACAGUCCAGCAAACUUUUUCGGAAACUUAGAGAAGUAGCCAAGGCUAUGACUAAAAGAAUCGGAAAGGGCAUGCACGAAUGGGCAGCCAAGGUCGAUGAAUAUGCACGUGGUAUGAUGGGUCCACCUGGGUCAACUCUCUUCGAAGAGCUCGGUCUAUACUACAUCGGUCCCGUUGAUGGACACAACAUUGAAGAUCUAGUUUGUCUUCUGCGAGAAGUAGCUUCUCUAGAUUCAAUGGGGCCUGUCUUAGUCCAUGUGAUCACGGAAGAAAACCGAGCUUUAGAAACCGAAAACAAUGUCGAAGCAGAAGACAACGAUGAAAUGCCAUAUAUAUACAAACGCACAUACGGGGACUGCUUCGUGGAGGCGUUGGUAAUGGAGGCAGAGAAGGAUAAAGACGUAGUUGUAGUUCAUGCGGGAAUGGAGAUGGACCCGUCACUUCGUAUGUUUCGGGAGAGAUUUCCAGAGAGGUAUUUCAACGUGGGAAUGGCCGAGCAGCAUGCAGUUACGUUCUCGGCUGGCCUCUCGUGCGGAGGUUUGAAGCCCUUUUGCAUAAUCCCCUCGGCUUUUCUACAGCGAGCUUAUGAUCAGGUGGUACAUGAUGUAGAUAGACAGAGUAUCCCGGUUCGAUUCAUCAUCACGAGCGCUGGGCUGGUUGGAUCCGAUGGUCCAGUCCAGUGCGGGGCUUUCGACAUAGCUUUCAUGUCGUGCUUACCGAACAUGAUAGCCAUGGCACCAGCCGACGAGGAUGAGCUCGUAAAUAUGGUUGCAACUGCAGCUUCCAUCAAUGACCGGCCAGUCUGUUUCCGGUAUCCGAGGGGUUCCAUCGUGAAAAAGAACUACCUCAUCCCCACCGGAAUACCCAUCGAAGUCGGAAGAGGAAGAGUUCUGGUAGAGGGUGAAGAGGUGGCAUUGGUCGGGUAUGGAGCCAUGGUUCAGAACUGCCUUAACGCACAAUCGCUGCUCUCGAAGCUCGGGAUAGAAGUGACGGUUGCAGAUGCCAGAUUCUGCAAACCGCUCGACAUCAAGCUUCUCCGACAGCUUUGUCAAAACCACUCGUUCCUCAUAACGGUCGAGGAGGGUUGCGUCGGGGGAUUCGGGUCCCACGUCGCACAGUUCAUCGCCCUCGAUGGUCAGCUUGACCGCAAGAUCAAGUGGAGACCGAUCGUACUGCCGGAUGGGUACAUAGAGCAAGCAUCCCCGAGCGAACAGCUGGCGCUUGCUGGGCUAACGGGCCAUCACAUCGCGGCCACGGCUCUCAGCCUUCUUGGCCGCCCUCGUGAAGCUUUGCUUCUCAUGUGCUAGAUUAGGACUCACCCUCCCUCUCUCUCUCAUAUAUAUAUAUAUGAACAUCUCUCCUUUUGAAAAUGGUAUAAAAUGAGAACGUUAGGAGAUGAAAUCGUGAGUUGUGGGGUUACUCCUCGAGGAUCUCACUCGAGAGUUUCUCUAUUAGAACGUGUGUUCUUUUUUUUUUUUGGUGGUAAUGAGGUGGUUCAUCGGAACUUCAGUCCAAUUAUAUCCAAUCUGAAUGGGUGGACCAUCUUGGUG